GCGACUCCCUGAGAAGGGUUAAGUAGAUGGAGAGACGUGUCACAAACUCGUUCCCUGGUCCACCACCACCACAAGUUCCGUAUUAUCAUCACCAGAUUCAUCCGCCGCCGCACCACCAUGUCUCCGCCGUUGGAUUCCACCAAUACCCACAAAACGACAACCGAGAUCAGCGUUUCAAUCAGCCGCAGUUUGAUAACCAUUACCCCGCCCAGCAACAACAACAACAUAUGAUCGUUGACGGCAGUGGCAGCUCCUCAAGGAAGAGACGCUCUCUAUCCUCUACCCCAGAUCCUAGUGGUGGUGAUGGUAAUAGUGUUGUCAAGUUAUAUGUUGCGCCUGUCCCCAUGACAGCCACGGAAUACGAUGUCCGUCAGGUAUUUGAAAAAUAUGGUAGUGUCACCGAGAUCAUUUUUCCUAAGGAUAAGAUGAGCGGUGAUCGAGCAGCUUACUGUUUUGUCAAGUACAGAAAAUUAGAAGAGGGUAGUGCCGCUAUUGCUUCGUUAACUGAGCAGUUUACCUUUCCUGGGGAAAUUUCUCCAGUCAAGGUCAGAUAUGCCGACGCAGAACGUGAACGGAUUGGUAAUGGUUUUUCAACUGUGCAGCUUCCAGAUAAACUAUAUGUUAGAUGCCUCAGUAAACAAACUACAAGAUUGGAAGUCCAUGAGGUAUUUUCUAGGUUCGGAAUCAUUGAAGAUAUUUAUAUGGCAGUCGACGACAUGAAGAUUAGCCGUGGGUUUGCAUUUGUUCAGUUUGCCCGUAGGGAGAUGGCACUAGAGGCAAUCAAAGCUUUAAAUGGACUCUUUACCAUGCGUGGUUCUGACCAACCUCUGAUUGUUAGAUUUGCUGAUCCUAAGAAACCCCGUCUUGGGGAACCAAGGUUUAACUUUAACGCUCCACCUUCAACGGCAAUACAGUUGGACCCAAAUUGGCACCCACAACCAUAUCCUCAGUGGGGAAACAAAGAACCAGCAGCCCCGAGAGUCGUUCAUCAUCAUGAUAUCGCUUCACAUCCAAAUCGUUUCCCGCAGCAAAAUGGUCAAGCAGUAUCUGAAGUUCACAAGCCGCUGCAUCAGCAGGAUUCUGAGAAGCAUCAGAAAUUUGAGACUGUCAGCUUGGAGAAAAUUUCUAGUAAUUCAAAUGCAUUGCCUGAAGACCAAAAUACAGAGAACUCUGAGUGUGACUGGAGUGAACACACUUGUCCUGAUGGGAAUAAGUAUUACUUCCAUUGUAUCACUGGCGAAAGCACGUGGGAGAAACCCGAGGAGUACUCCAUGUUUGAGAGAUGGUACGAAGAGCAAACAAGGCUACUACAAGAUCAAAAAAGUAUAUCAUCUCCCCAGUUAAACAACCAAAGAAGCCAAGGGGAAGUCGAAAACAGCGAGCAGAUUCAUCUGUCUGAUGAUCUAUUGCAACAGACAACUACUAAACUCCAACAACCAUCCUUAUCCACAACGGAUCAGGAAAACAAUAAAGUGUGUCCGGUAUUGGCUGUUGAAACAACCUGUUCAUAAAAAUGUAUCAGGAGAGAGUUAAGGUAAAAGAAGAAGUUAGUUUCUUCCAAGAGUUGGGUACAUAGCCAUGUCAUUGCGUACGUGGAACUUGAGAGUCUUGUUGGGUCCAAUUAGAAAAUGCGUGUAAUGAUUUUAGUCUCGUGAAAAAAAACAUGAGUCACACUCACGGAUGCGCCACGAAGCGUUCAUGAGAUUUGUGUCUUGGUUAGAAACUUAAGGUAUGUGCUUAUAGACUCGUAGAAAUUGCCCAAAAAACUGGGAAAAAAAGACUCGCAGCAAGACUUAAUGCGGUCAACUAUUUAUUUAUUUUACAUGAUAUUCUUUUUAAAAAAAUUAUUUAUGUUUAGCAACAUAAGUGGUUGGAAUAUCUAAAUCUUGUCUAAGUUGAACUUGAUUUUUAUUGGGUAAAUAAAACCUUAUAAUUUGC